GGCCACCGCCUCUUUCUGUCAUCGCGCGCCUGCCAGGAUUCGCCCGCGGUGACGAUGGAGGAGGAGAAGGGCGCCGAGGAGCAGCAACGAUUGUCUUACCAACAGAGGCUGAAGGCAGCGGUUCACUACAAUGUUGGCUGUCUUUGUGAGGAAGUUGCGUUGGACAAAGAGAUGCAGUUCAGCAAACAAACCAUUGCAGCUAUUUCGGAGGUGACUUUUCAACAGUGCGAAAAUUUUGCCAAAGACCUUGAAAUGUUUGCAAGACAUGCGAAAAGAAGCACGAUUAACACUGAAGAUGUGAAGCUCUUAGCCAGGAGGAGUAAUUCACUGCUAAAAUACAUCACAGAGAAAAAUGAAGACAUCGCUCAGUUUAACCUGGAACGAAAAGCAAAGAAGAAAAAGAAGUUGGAGGAUGAAGACAAAAAUGCAGUGGAGCCAGCAGAGGCUGGUGUAGUGGAAAGUGAGAAUUAAAGCCUGUCGCCAUCUGGAAAAAGCAGCCUUCAGUAUUUGUCACCAGAAUAGAUCCUUAACUGCUAAGGAAGAAUUGACGUGGCAUAAGCGUUCGACAGAAAUCCUUUCAUAGCAUUCAUAUGUCAGUGCUGACAGCAAACCAUUUCAGUGGAAAGUCAGACCAGUAAGCUCAUGGGAGAUACGUAAACACCUUGAAUUGACAGGGCCUGCUGAAGGGAUAACCCACAUCUUGAUAACAGCAGCUUCUUCGAUAGAGAUAGGGAUUCGAUUUUGAACAAACCAGAAGAGGAAAUGUCAUUUAGCUCUGAAAAAGAAGGAAGUUUUCUGUUUCUAGACUAGGAAGGAAGAGGCAAAGGACAGCUGGGCAACCCACUAUUUCUAGCUUCUCAUAACCCUAAUAAAAACACGAAAUUAUCCUUUGUAAUUAAAUAAGUGAACAGAUACGUGUUUGUCUUAUUAAAAUA